GCUCUGUCUAUUUGUCUGCACUAGAUACUGUAACUGUUCUGUGAGUAACAGAACAAAUCAGGAAAAGUUACAAAGUAAUGAAGUUAUAGUAUAUUCUCUGUUUUCAAUAUCAACUGUACAAGGUAACUCUUAUACCCAAAAAAAAUUGUUCACUAAACUACUCUAUGCCAUCUCUAUCUGUAUUCUAUAAUAAUGAUCAAAUCGAGCUAGAGAUGAUGUCAAGGAAAGUAGCCUCAGGACAAGGUAUUGUGAGUCCUCCCAUUGGAUGAUCAAAUCCGAAUUCUUCCUCAGCUUGACUGAGCAAAUCUUGAAAUGAAGAGUCGUUCAAGUAUGAUAUCGGAAGGACAAAUCGCUUCUUUUCACCCUCACCGACAUAAACUGCAAAGUGACCCUUAGGAACCUCACUUUCUGUGUGAUUUCUUGAAGAUGACCUCCUGAGGCUGGGCUUAGUAGCACGUAGAAAUUUUGUCAUACUAAUGGCCAUGGUCGAAUGUUUCUUUCUUUCUUUAGCUGUGGAAAACUAUAUGUAGAUAGAUGUAAGGAGUUGUGUGAAGAAGGUAUUAUGAGUUGGGGAGAAUACCAAACUCAGUAUGGCUUAUAUAGACAGAUCCAUUGGGAGGUUGGUUGAGUGAGUGGCUGAAAGAUAUAAUGCCAGCCUUCUAUGAUAAGAAAUGUCAACAACUGGUUUUAACAAAAUAAUAAGAGAACAUGGCCUGUCUACACAUCAUUCCCUACAUGCUAUAAUGAAUCUGCAGUAGAUGGGUUCUUCUUUACCCGAUGAUUCAAUAAAUCUUGAACAGAUGGGCAUAUCCUAACCAAUAAUGUCUUUACAAGAAAGCCUACCUAUUAGUUUGAACACCUAAAUUAUUUGGGAACAGACCAUGUGAUUUCACAUUAUGUGGUUGUAGUGUAUGGAAAAACUCUAGAUUCCAUAGGUUCAUGAUGGAUGGUGAAAGGAUCCACAAAUCAGCUAACUUUGAGGUUGUUAUGACUGAGACAUUACCACUUGGUAUUGUCUAUAAGCAUUAUUCCCUUACAUGGUUCAGUGAAAUUGAAUAAAUAGUGAUACCUCAACUAGUAGGAGACAUGUCAAAUGUGUGGCGAAGAUGAAUGGUUAUUUCCCAGAAAACUGUAUGAAUUGAUUAAGAAACAUACCUUGUGGUUCCUAAUUUUUAUGUUCCUGGAAAAGGCUACACUUCAGAUCAUAUGUUUUUCUGAUUGGCUAAGAGGCCCCAUAUGUCUACUUUUCACAUGGUUUUGCCUUCCCUGAUUUCACAACUGAUUAAAGCUUCUCCUAGCCUCCUAAAAUGUUAAAUAGAUCACUUCCUUCCGCAAUCUGGUUGAGUUUUUCAGAAAAAAUGCAUUGCUCGUCUCAGUUAAUUCAUUCUGCUGUCCAUCUUCAUAAUGCUUUUCUUCAUAUUAUUAGCAUUUGAAUAGUGCUGGGGGGCUACUAAGUCAUUUCAGAGAGCUAUUACUGCUUUCCCUUGGAAGAGUCCAUGAAGGCAGAAAGUUCAUCUGAUUAAUGAAGCUUAAUGAUUGUAAUUAUACUGGGGGGUGGGGGGAAUCCAGCAGAGAAGCUCAAGAAAAGUAGAGAAUCGUCCUCUUUCUUCUUCCAUAUUAUUGGCUCAGGCGCUGCCCUCAAGAAACUUGGAUAGUUCAUAAGAAAGCAGAAAACUUAGUUGCUUUCGGCAUCAUGGAGACGUUUAAAUAUUCAAGCUUUUGGAUCACUAUCAGUGAUAGUCCAUCCCAUGAAGAUGUGGUCUGACUUCAUGGUGAUUUAUUAAUUCACUGGGCAGCCACUGUAGAGUGUAGAGUCAAAUUUGAUGAAAGCGUGGUCAGGAACAAUAUUGCAGGAGUAAAUGCAGAUUUCUUUUCAGAAACAGAUUCAUUAGGUAAUUGAAGGUAUUCUUUCGGCUCUUCUAGGAACUUGGUAAGAAACUGUGAAAAAUAGGCUCUCACCGAUCAUAAUCAUUAUCGUUUUAGCCACACUUAAUUUUAAGUCUGGUGAAACUGCUCAAAAGAACUGGAGGCACUUUUCUGAUUAAUUGGGUCUUAAACAUCAUAACCAAGGGGUUGUAUACUUCUGGUCUUCUGCAUUGUAUACUUUUUUCUUCAGGUGGGUAUCAUUUUACUUUUUGGGACACAAGGAGCUCAUAAAAACUCAUGUUAUCGCAAACUAGGGAAAAGAUAUUAACUUUUACAUAGGUUCUUGAUAGCAUGAUGCUUCUGUUGAAAGGAGAUAGUGGUGGAAAUCAAGAACAAUAGGAGGGAACACUAUGGACUGAGUACAUAAAUGCUACAUAUAUUGUGUGAAGGGUCCAUCCUGUUUCUAAGGUCUGGCAGCAUUAGGGCUUUAUCGUAACUGUACUUGCUGAUGGAGAAAAUCCAGAUUGAGUAAUGGAGAAAUUCCCAAUUGAGCAAUUAGCUCAUCGCUAAUGGAGAUCUAAAUACAGCUUGAAUGCAAAAACAAGGGCUGAUUGGAUGAUCAAAUCCCACAUUAUUUAAUUCUCAGCAAAUCUCUGAAGGGAGGGCCCUUCAAGUAUGAUGUUAGAACAAUAUAAUGAUGCAGAAACUAAGGCUGCUAUGAAGGAUGCUCUUGACGGGGGUGUACACAAUUUUCAACCACAGAUGUCAGGAAUCUUUAGCUAGUUACAUCAAAAGGAAAUAUGCACAAAUCUUUACCAGUAGGUGGCACAUCAGCCAAGAUUUAAAGCUACUCUUCCAUUCAAUAACGGACUACGGAGUAUAUCUUAAGUUAACAAACAAAAUGAUUAGUUCCAAGAAUCUCAUCAAGCUUGCAAAAAGAUGGCAGAAAUUUGCUGCAAUCAGAAGAAAGAGGAUUUUGUUUCCAAAAUUAACCGAUGAUGACAUAGAUUACUGCAGUAGUUCCUUUGCAUUUAGCAAGGGUCAUUUUUCCCUCUACACGGCUGAUCAGAAGCUGUUUAUAGUGCCUCUCUCUUAUCUCGGGAAUGAGAUUAUUAGGCAACUCCCAAACAUGUCUAAAGAACCCGAGUGAUGGGCCUUUAAACUACCAUGUGACUGUGUCUUCAUGGACUACAUUUGUCUCACUUCUUAGCAAAGGCUUAACCAGAGAACUUGAAACUGCAUUGCUCCUCUCAGUUACUUCAUAUUGGUGUUCCUCAGAUUCACUACACCAACAAGAAGAAUGGAGAAAUCAGCAUUUCCUUGUUUGCUGACAAUUUACAGUAGUCAGUUAGUCAUUGUAGCUCAAUACAUUUUGUAAAAUUUACAGAAAGUCAUCCAUUUUAGAAAAAUAUAAUUUGUUCAAUCUUUCACGUUCCCAGUACUUUUUUAACUGAUUCACGUGAUAUUCGAAAUUGAGAAAAAAAACAUUUACAAAUAUAACCCCCCCCCACCCUAAAUAACAAUAUAACUUGCAUUUAUUUCUAGAAUCUUCAUGAACCCAAACUUAUUUGAUUAGAAGAGAGAACCUGAUCUGAAACAUGGCCUGGCUAUAUGGAAUUAUGAACAGUUCACACAUCUGAGAGGGCUGUAACCCAACUGCAAGAUUGCAUACACUCUUUCAUUAGUAAGCCCCAUAUACUAAGCAUUGAAAUGUUCUGAAACCACGAAUCUUUUAUCAUACAACUAGUCCUCGGUGUAUACAUAGCAGUUGAUGCAUAUAAAUAUGGCUCAAUGUGCAUGAAAAUAUAAGUUCUAUGUGAUCUACACAGAACUCUUAAACUCACCACGUCCAACAGCCACAGCUAUUCAAACUACACAAUAAAAUACUGCAAAACAGGCCACCAUAUAGGAAGAGGAAAUCCCUGCUUCCAAACCGAUCAUAAGACAGCCUGGAAUGGAGUUGAUCUUUUCUCAUUAAACUACAGGUUAAAAUAUAGUUUUAAACAUUCCCUGCAUCGUAUAGUUUUAAUGUUAAAUAGGUAUGAAAUGUGAUAUUUGUAGCAUGUUGAGGACACAGGUUAUAUUCUACGUAGUAUAUUUAUUACAUAAGCUCAUUUUCAAAUUAUGUCAUUAUAGAAUAUUUCCGGAAAAAAGUUGUCUUUGGGAGCAUUGCCUGAAAUCUGUAAUCAACUUAUGUUAUUGAAACAAAAGUUGUUGUUUUGUAUCUGGAAACUUGUAGCUUAUGAUUAUUUUUCAAAAAAAUACUUUUUUCGUUUAGCUGUUAACCAAUCUAUUGUGGGCAUGUUUGGCAAAUGGCUGUUAGCUGUUGUUGUUAGCUGGUUGUGUCAGCUGUUUCCUAACAGCUGGUUGUGUUAGCUGUUUUGACCGGCUGGUUAUGUUAGCUGGUUAUAGAUAACUGUUUGGUAAAAUUGGUUGUUUCAAAAUGGCUGAUAGAGUGUAAAUUGAACCAGCCAAAUGAAGAAGCUGCUCCCCUUAGCUUCUUCAACAAUCCAUUUUUUCAGCUUUUCAAACUCAACAAGCUAAUUUUAAAAGCCAUUUACCAAACAUCAUUAUUAGCUUCUUUGACCAAUCAAACAGCAGAAAUGGGUCAAACAAGCUAAAAGAUGGCUGAUAAGCCAUUUGCCAAACAUACCCUGUAUCUUGAAAAAGCUAUUUCUGUGCACCUAAAUAAAACUAAUUACUUCAAAACAACUUUUCACCUAACUUUUCCCAAAUCGAAACUGAUUCUCUUUAUAAUUGAUUAUAACAAUAAUGGAUUAUUGAAAGGUCUGUUUAACUGGUUUUCCCAAACUCACUUUUUAAUUACUUUAUAAAUGAAAUUAAUCUAAUGUGGCAGAAAUUAGACCUAGUGUGACCGAUUUCAGGUUAGACAUAGAAAUGAAAUCUCAUACUCUGUAUUUACUAUGAACAAAAAUGUAUUUUUUUUAUCUGGAAAGUCAAAUUUUGUGUAACAUAAUUGUAUUAGAUUUCAGGUUUGCAGUUUAUCAGUGAAAGAAAAAGGAAAAGAUGAAAGUAAAAUGGUAACUAAAUUGUGAAGUUUGCUAGAGUAAUAAUAAACUAAAAUUAAUCGCAACAGCCAAAAAACUGACAAGAAUCUGUAAAAAAACUAUGUACUAGGAAAGUAUUCCUUUCCAAAAAAAAACUGUUUGCUAAUGACUACGGCCAUGAUUCAAAAGGCCCCCUCAAUGUGUGAUUAAAGAUAAGCUCCCAAGUUCAUAUUUAUAGCUUUACCCUUUCGAAAUGUACAUAUUUUCUUUGAAAAAAGGAAAGGAUUAAAAAGCACUAUUAUAUAAUAUAAACGUUUUAUUAAUCAAGUUUUUCUUUGACAAAUAUAUUCCUCCAUCAAGACUUGAAUUAUAAGAGAGUGUUCUGUCUAUUGUCUGCACUAAAUUCGGUAACUGUGUUGUGAGUAACAUAAAAUAUCAGGAAACUUUCUAAGGUAAUGAAGUUAUAGUAUAUUCUCUAUUUUCAAUAUCAACUGUACAAGGUAACUCUUAUACCCAAAAAGAAUUGUUCACUAAACUACUCUAUGCCAUCUCUAUCUGUGUUCUAUGAUAAUGAUCAAAUUGAGCUAGAGAUGAUGUCAAGGAAAGUAGCCUCGGGACAGGGUAUUGUGAGUCCUCCCAUUGGAUGAUCGAACCCGAAUUCUUCUUCAGCUUGACUGAGCAAAUCUUGGAAUAAAGAGUCAUUCAAGUAUGAUAUCGGAAGGACAAAGCGCUUCUUUUCACCCUCACCAACAUAAACUGCAAAGUGACCCUUAGGAACCUCACUUUCUUUGUGAGUUCUUGAAGAUGACCUCCUGAGGCUGGGCUUAGUAGCACGGAGGAUUCUUGUCAUACUAAUUGCCAUGGUUGAAUGUUUCUUAUCUGUGGAAAACUAAAUGGAGAUAGAUUCUUUAAGGAGUUGUGUGAAGAAGGUAUUAUGAGUUGAGGAGAAUGCCAAACUUAGUAGUGCUUAUAUAGAUAGAUCCAUUGGGAGGUUGAUUGAGUGAGUGGCUGAAAGAUAUCUACGUGGAAAUCCUGCCAGCCUUCCAAGAUAAGAUACAUCAACAACUGGUUUUAUCAAAUUAAUACGGAGUACAAGAAGAUGGCUUGUCUUUACACAGCAUUCCCUACAUGCUUUAAUCAAUCUGCAGUAGAUGGGUUCUUGCUUACUCGAUGAUUCAAUAAAUCUUAAACAGAUGGGGAUAUCCUAACCACUAAUGUCUUUACAAGAAAGCCUACCUAUUAAUUUGGACCCCUAAAUUAUGAGGAAGCAGACCAUGUGAUUUCACAUUGUAUGGUUGUAGUGUAUGAAAAACUCCACAUUCCAUAGGUUCAUGAUGCAUGGUGAAAGGCCCAAACAGCUAGCUUUGAGGUUGGUAUGACUGAGACAUUAACACAUGGUAUUGUCUUUAAGCAUUAUUCCCUUACAUUGUUCAGUGAUAUUGAAUAAAUAGUAAUAGCUCAAGUAGUAGGAGACAUGUCAAAUGUGUGGCGAAGAUGAAUUGUUAUUUCCCAGGAAAAUAUAUGAAUUGAUUAAGAAACAUACCUUGUGGUUCCUAAUUUUUUUGUUCCUGGAAAAGGCCACACUUUUCUGAUUGGCUAAGUGGCCCAAUAUGUCUAGUUUGCACAUGGGUUUGCCUUCCCUGAUUUCACAACAAAUAAAAGUUUGUCCUAGCCUCCUAAACUGUUAAAUAGAUCACUUCCUUCCGCAAUCUGGUCAUCAAGCACUGCCAUUCAGCCCAGUCAAAAUAUGUGCAUUGUUCGGUUGUUCCUGCUGAUUUUGCUCAAUACCAUAUCAGUUCGAAGAAGUUUGUUGCUUUUGAAUGAACAGGAUAGCAUUUCCAGGACCAGAGCUAUAAUGGAGAAUUUGGCUAUCUGAUUGAGUUUUUCCGAAAAAUAAAAGCAUUGCUCGUCUCAGUUACUUCAUUCUGGUGUCCAUCUUCAUAAUGUUUGUCUUCAUUUUAUUAACAUUUGAAUAGUGCAGGGGGGUUACUAAGUCAUUUCAGAGAGCUAUUACUGCAUUCCCUGUGAAGAGUCCAUGAAGGCAGGAAGUUCAUCUAAUUAAAUGAGGCUUGAUGAUUGUAAUUAUACUCGGGGGUGGUGGGGAAUCAAGCAGAGAAGCUCAAGAAAAGCAGAGAAUCUUCCUCUUUCUUCUUCCAUAUAAUUGGCUCGGGGACUGCCCUCAAGAGACUUGGAUUGGAUAGUUCACAAGAAAUUAGAAAUUUUGUUUCAUUCGGGAUCAUGGAGACUUUUAAAGAUUCAAGCUUUUGGAUCAAUAUCAGUGAUACUCCAUCCGAUGUAGAUAUGGUCUGACUUCAUGAAAAACUCAAUAAUGGGGGCAUAGCUGACAACAUAGAUGAUUUAUUCAUUCACUGGGCAGCAACUGUAGAGUCAAAUUUGGUAAAAACAUGGUCAGGAACAAUAUUGCAGGAGUAAAGGCAGUUUUCUACAUUUGGUAAUGGAAGGAUCGCUUUCGGCUCUUCUAGGAACUUGGUAAGAAACUGUAAAGAUCUGAAAAUAAGCUCUCAACAGAUGAUAGUAUCAUUAUCAUCUUUGCCACACCUACUGUUGAGUCUGGUGAAACUACUAAAAAGAACUGGAGGUACUUUUCUGCAUUGUAUACUUUUACCUUCAGGUGGGUAUCAUUUUACUUUUUGGGACACAAGGAGCUCAUAAAAACUCAUGUUAUCGCAAACUAGGGAAAAUGAUAUUAACUUUUACAAAGGUUCUUGAUAGCAUGAUGUUUCUGUUGCAAGGAGAUAGUGGUGGAAUCAAGAACAAUAGGACGGAACUGUAAUUGCUGAUGGAGAAAAUCCAAAUUGAGUAAUGGAGAAAUUCCCAAUUGAGCAAUUAGCUAAUCGCUAAUGGAGAUCUAAAUACAGCUUAAAUGCAAAAACAAGGGCUGAUUGGAUGAUCAAAUCCCACAUUAUUUAUUGCUCAGCAAAUCUCUGAAGGGAGGGUCCUUCAAGUAUGAUGUUAGAACAAUAUAAUGAUGCAGAAACUAAGGCUGCUAUAAAGGAUGCUCUUGACUGGGGUGUACACAAUUUUCAACUACGGAUGUCAUGAAGCUUUAGCUAGUUACAUCAAAGGAAAUAUGCACAAAUCUAAUACUUGAAAUUCAUAUUUUCUUAAGUAAUCUUCCUAAAGGUGUAAUGACUUAUCCAUACCUUUCAUAUUCUCCUUGAAAAUCUGUUUAACCAAUAAACUGUUGCAAAUUUUAUUCACGUAACUAGAAAGUAAUAUUCUGCCACCAUUAUUUAUAGCCAG